AUGCAGCGUCAGCUCUCGCGUUAUCUCACCUUUGCCUGGGCCAUCAUCAACUGUCUGGUAGCCGGUUCCAUCACUUGCUUCUCCGUCUACGCUCCCUUGUUCCAGAAACGCCUACACUACACCCAGCUGCGCGUCAAUACCAUUUCCAUCACCGCCGAGUUGGGCAUGUACCUGCCCGUGCCUAUCUUUGGCUUCCUCUGUGACCGCUACGGUCCUGGCAUUCCUUCGAUCUUGUCAGGCUGCUUCGCUGGCUUCGGUUACAUACUCGCAGCCUUCACAUACCGCAAUCCUGACUGGCCCUUUGCUGUCAUGGUCUUCUCCUUCGUCUGGGUUGGCAUGGCUACCAGCUGUAUGUACCUCAGUGCCGUCACCACCUGCGCAAAGAACUUUGGAAGAGGAAAACACAAGGGUCUCGCACUGGCUCUGCCCAUUGCUGCUUUUGGCUUGAGCGGCAUGUGGGAGAGUCAGGUGGGAAGUCGCCUGCUAUAUGAAAAGAAGCCUGACGGCACGCCUGGAGACAUUGAUGUCUUCCGUUUCUUCAUCUUCCUCGGAUGCACUCUGUUCUCAGCUGGUGCCAUCGGAUUCUUCCUGCUGAGGAUUAUCGACGAGGACGAGAUGAUUGAUGAAGCAAUUGAAGAGUUGGAACAAAGUGGUUUGCUCGAAGACAGUGCCUUCUUCAGAAGAGGCUCUCAUCACGAGCAUCAUGAUAGCUAUGGUGCCGUGCCAGAUGAGGAUGACGAGGAAGAGCGUCAACGCAAAGAAGAGGAAGCCCGUAAGAAGACAUGGCUGCUCAACGAGGAGACCAGCCGCUUCCUUUCUGACAGAACUAUGUGGCUACUCGCUGGUGGCUUCUUCCUCGUCACAGGUCCUGGUGAGGCUUUCAUCAACAACCUAGGCACAGUCAUUGGCACUCUAUACCCGCCCAACGUUCCCGACGAGGAUAUUCCUACGAGUGCUGCUACUCAUGUCUCGAUCGUUGCCAUUACGUCAACUAUUGCGCGUAUCUUGACAGGUACUCUGUCCGACUUGUUCGCUCCUACCUCUGUACCACACCAGCAUCGUAGAGGUCCUAACUCGCUCAUGUCCUCCAUGGCCACCUUGCCUGGCGCAGAUGCUGCAGAACCUCAAAAACGCCUUGAGAUCUCACGCAUAACAUUCUUGCUCGUCUUCUCACUCGUCAUGUCUAUUGGCCAGGCUGUUCUUGCUUCGGGUGUUGUGCAAGAACAUGGCGAACGCUUCUGGUGGGUCAGUGCGGCGGUCGGCGCAGGAUAUGGUGCUGUUUUCAGUUUGACCCCGAUCAUCACUUCGGUCGUCUGGGGAGUUGAGAAUUUUGGUACUAAUUGGGCUUGUGUUGCUACUGUGCCUGCUUUGGGAGCCACCCUAUGGGGACUGCUUUACAGUGCUGUCUAUCAAUAUGCAGCCAACGAAGGCGUAGAGGCAAGUAGCGAGCUAUGUUUCGGCCGCGCUUGUUAUGCGCCGACAUUUUGGGCCAUGGCAGUGAGCGUCUGGGUAGCAUGUCUUCUAUGGCUUUAUGCAUGGCGGGGUCCUGGCGGCUGGUAUAGGCGGGGCAUUGUGGUUUGA